AUGAAAGCUCCUAUGUGGAAUUCAACAUAUGAUCUUCAGAUUCUUAAAAGUUUUGGAUUACAAUGUAGAAGGUCAAAAGCUUCAAGAGUUCAAGAAAUAUUUUUCCAUUUACCAAGCAACAACCAGAUUCUUCUAUGUUGUGAUGGUGCUUCAAAAGGUAAUCCAGGUGUAUCUGGAUAUGGAUUCAUAGGUAGAAAUGAAACUGGAGAUUGCAUUGUUGCUCAGGCAGGUGGUUUGGGGAUAGCAACAAAUUUCUAUGCAGAGGUGAUGGCAGUCCUAUGUGCAGGAGAAUGGGCUAUAAGGAAUGAUCACCUGAAAGUUAUCUUCAGAUCAGACUCACAGGCAGCCAUUACAGCUUUUAUGACAGGUCAUAUUCCUUGGUUUGGAAUCACAAGAUGGAGGAUAAUCUGUCAGAAAUUGAUAUCUAUGAGCUUUAUUCAAAGCUUCAGAGAAAUAAAUUUCUCUGCAGAUUCAUUAGCAAAAAAAGGAGCAUCUUUGUCAAGAGGAGAAAUUAUUUACUUUACACACAGACCUUCCUUCCUACAGAGCAUUGAAACUGAAGAUCAACCUUACUAUAGAUUCAACUAG